AUGAGACUUUCAUGCAACCCUUGGUUCUAGUGCUUAUUUAUUUAUUCAGUUUCUUAUUAAAUGCUACUCAGUCAAAAACAUUUAUUUGAAGCACUUAUCAAAAUACAUAAAGGUAAGAUAAAAAGUGAUCAGGCCAGGAAAAAGAGUUGAAAAAAUACAUGUGGCCAGGAGUGAAGUUGUCCCAGAAAAUGUGGUCUGUGAGGCACCAACCUGCUCCGCGCCGGCCACCAUGUGCUUUUGAGUCUCAUUAGGCAGCCCGAGCGAUGAGCGAGACAUACUCAGUUCCUGGAAUCAUCUCCGCUGGGACCGUAUCAAGGGGCCUCACCCCGAUGGCCCCAGUGAAAGGGGGAUCCCAGGCACUAGUGAGUCUGUCUUCCGAAGGAUAUAGCCACCAGAUGUAAUCAGAUCUAGAAAGCCAGCCUGGCUAGGGCAUCUGGGUCAGUGUGACCUCGGUGGGGCCACAGGGGCCCUUCUACGCUAAGCAGGGCAUUCUCCUGCCUCCCUGAGUUCCUCCUACCUUGCUAAUAAUGCCUUUGUUCACUGCUGCCGGGGGAUUUAGCCCUGGCCCGCCCUCUGCAGCUCACAAGCCAGUUUGGUCCUGGAAGGGCUGGGGCUGGAGUAUGUCCCACAGAGGCAGAAGGAUCAGGGCUGCCAUGCCCGGUCCUGAAAGCCCUCAGGUGGGUCACCGUGGGGGCGUCUGCUGCGCUGACCUGUCUGCAGUGUUGCCUCAUGCCUGGUCCCUGCCACAGCGGGAAUUCCUGGCUACCUACCUUUACUGGGCCUCACCCCCUUGCCCCACCACUCCCCUGCUGGCCUGUUUACCUGGUCUUGCUUUGCCAGAGCAGGGCUGGACUUCACCGUAGGGAGAAGCCCAGAAGGCCCACUUCAAAGUGUGGCCAAGGAGCAGUGCCUCCCUCCCACCUUCCCCAAAGCCAGUGAAAACCAGCCCACCUCUGCCCCGGGACAGCUGACUUUAGCAGAGGUCAGGCCCUCAUCCCCAUUGGCCUGCCUGCAGUCAGCUGUGCCAGCCACCCGAGGGGCGGCUCCAGGAUGGCCGGGCAUUUAAAUGGGUGGAGGUGGGACAUCUUGGACCUGAUGGCGCAAGCACCACCCUGGCCAGCGGGGGUGAGGACCCAGCUGUUCCUCACUAGCUUCCUCAGGGCUCCUCACCAAGGGGAGGCCUGGAAGGGUGUGUAGCACAGGAGUCAAGCCACCCACGUCCCUACCCCAGCUUUUGUAACUCUGAGCAGGUCCCUGAUGUCCCCUAAUCCUGGCGUCCUCCCCUGUCAAAUGUAAGUGUUGGAGGAGAUGGUCCUUAAACUCAUUCUAGAACAAAGAUUUCAUGAUUCUGCCCCUUAUGACCAUUUAGCUUACAGAAGAUUUUGUUGGACUUUUCCAACCUUGAGAGAAAUGAAAGUUAUUAAGCACCUGUUGCACCAGGAAUCCUGUACCCAUUUCACAGAUGCAGAAACUGAGGCUCAGAAUGGUGAGGAGCCUUGCAUAAGGUCACAGUAGUUUGUAGCCAAGUGUAUAUUUUUCCGUGGUAACCUCAAAGUUAGAGAGUAAGGUGGAGAGUAUGGAAGGAAGUCACCCAAAUGACCCAGAGAAGAACCUGAGAAGUAAGGAAAACCACAGAAAGGACCUUUUUUUUUUUUUUUGUAUCAUUACUGUACAAUUACAUGGGCAACAUUACGGUUACUAGACUCCCCCCAUUAUCAAAUCCCCACCACAUACCCCAUUAGAAAGGACUGCUUAAAGGAAAAGAAUAUUCUAGGUGGAAGGAUGGUACCCCACUCACAGGGAUCUGUGGAAGACGAAAUGAAAACACCAGAUGCCAAAGGAUGAAGAUGAGACGCUACAAGCUCUUUCUGAUGUUCUGUAUGGCCGGCCUGUGCCUCAUCUCCUUUCUGCACUUCUUUAAGACCCUGUCCUACGUCACCUUCCCCCGAGAACUGGCCUCCCUCAGCCCUAAUCUCGUGUCCAGCUUCUUCUGGAACAAUGCCCCCGUCACGCCCCAGGCCAGCCCAGAGCCAGGUAGUCCUGACCUGCUGCGUACCCCGCUUUAUUCCCACUCUCCGCUACUCCAGCCGCUGUCACCAAGCAAGGCCACCGAGGAACUCCACCGGAUGGACUUUGUACUGCCCGAGGACACCACCGAGUAUUUUGUCCGAACCAAAGCCGGGGGCAUCUGCUUCAAACCCGGUACCAAGAUGCUGGAGAAGCCCCCAUCAGGGCGGCCAGAGGAGAAGAUGGACGGGGGCGACGGCUCGUCAGCCCGGGGCCCCGCCCGGCACCUGCUGAGCGCGCGGGAGCGCCCGGGGGGCCGCGGCGCGCGGCGCAAGUGGGUGGAGUGCGUGUGCCUCCCGGGCUGGCACGGGCCCAGCUGCGGCGUGCCCACCGUGGUGCAGUACUCCAACCUGCCCACCAAGGAGCGCCUGGUGCCCCGGGAGGUGCCGCGGCGGGUCAUCAACGCCAUCAACGUCAACCACGAGUUCGACCUGCUGGACGUGCGCUUCCACGAGCUGGGCGACGUGGUGGACGCCUUCGUGGUGUGCGAGUCCAACUUCACAGCCUACGGGGAGCCGCGGCCGCUCAAGUUCCGGGAGAUGCUGUCCAACGGCACGUUCGAGUACAUCCGGCACAAGGUGCUCUACGUCUUCCUGGACCACUUCCCGCCGGGCGGGCGGCAGGACGGCUGGAUCGCCGAUGACUACCUGCGCACCUUCCUGACGCAGGACGGCGUGUCGCGGCUGCGCAACCUGCGGCCCGAUGACGUCUUCAUCAUCGACGACGCCGACGAGAUCCCCGCGCGGGACGGCGUGCUCUUCCUCAAGCUCUACGACGGCUGGACGGAGCCCUUCGCCUUCCACAUGCGUAAGUCGCUGUACGGCUUCUUCUGGAAGCAGCCGGGCACCCUGGAGGUGGUGUCGGGCUGCACGGUGGACAUGCUGCAGACGGUCUAUGGGCUGGACGGCAUCCGCCUGCGCCGCCGCCAGUACUAUACCAUGCCCAACUUCCGGCAGUACGAGAACCGCACGGGCCACAUCCUGGUGCAGUGGUCUCUGGGCAGCCCCCUACACUUUGCCGGCUGGCACUGCUCCUGGUGCUUCACGCCCGAGGGCAUCUACUUCAAGCUCAUAUCCGCCCAGAACGGAGACUUCCCCCGCUGGGGGGACUACGAGGACAAGCGGGACCUCAAUUACAUCCGGAGCUUGAUCCGCACCGGGGGCUGGUUCGACGGCACGCAGCAGGAGUACCCGCCAGCCGACCCCAGUGAACACAUGUAUGCACCUAAGUACCUGCUCAACAACUAUGCCCAGUUCCGCUACCUGCUGGACAACCCCUACCAGGAACCCACGAGCACAGCAGCAGGUGGGCGGCGGAGCAAGGGUCCGGAGGGCAGGUCACCCGCCAGGGCCAAAUUGGAUGCAGUUGGAGGUUAAGGCUGUGUGAUUUUAUAGGGCCAGUGGCAGGGUUGGGGUGGUGGCUACCCCUCCUAUUAUCUUCCUGCCACCCUCCGCCUUCUGGCUGGUUCUCGAGAGGACCAGGAGUGGAUGGGUGGGAGAAGGGUCAGGUCUGUGAGCUCACAAAACCUCCUUCCCCAUCGGGAGAGAUGAGUGAGGCCCCUGGGGCCGCCGAGAGUGCUACGGCCAGGAGGUUCCAACAGAGAGUGUGUGAUGGUUCCUGGGAAGCAAGGGAGGGCGGUGGGGUGGGGCAGGGAGACUGAAGGAACUCCCCAGGGUGGCCAGGGGAAGCUGGGCCCCUGCUGGGAGAAGCCCACCAUUUGGCUUCCAGGGGCUUUGGACCUGUGGUGAGAAAGGGGGCAGGGAUGCCAGGAAGUCUUGGGGCUCUGUAAAUAGAUGCAUUUGGGUCUAGGAGGAGGAGGGGACCCCAAGGUGGGAGGGAAUGCCAAGUGGCCUCCAGUUGGGAUAAGCACAGUGUCCUCAGAAGUGCUGGACCAGACGGAGCUGAGACCUCCACCGUCUGCCCCACAGGACACCCCUGCUCUGGAUGGUGUCUGUGCUCCCUGGCCCCUCCUAAGCUGAUGUAGGCUUAGGGUUUAGGGAACCCAAGAGGAGAGGUUUCUUUUGGUCACAAAUCUGGCCUUGACAUCCCUUCUUUGUGCAUUGCUGUUUUGUGGGCUGCCCACUCUGACCUUUUGAGGCCCAGAGUCCAGUUCUCAGGGCAGGAUGGAGCCUAGUAGGUCAGACCUGGGCCGGGGGCGCAUGGGGUGAGAGGAGGCUCCCAUCACCGCUUUCCACUGGAACCCACAGCCCCAGCUCCCCACUGGCUCAGGUGGAGUCACCCUUGUGUCCCUCCUUGGGGCUGGCUAGGGGCCAGGAAGGGUCUUGGGGCUGCCCUCAGCCUAAGAGGGACAUCAAGGCCAGUUGUAUGUCAUCUUAUUCCUCUUAGUUUGCCUCACAGAGGUGGGGGAUGUAUUUGUCAGAGUAGAUUCUAAGCUGCUAUAAUUAAGAGACCCCAAAAUACAAUGUUUUAAGCAAGGCAAGCUUGUUUCUAACUUAACUGUCUCAAGGGAGAUGGUCCAGAGUUAGCAGGGCCCCGCUCCCUGCUUUCCUUCAAACAUACCUUCCAAUUCUGGACAGAAUGGUACAUCCAGGCCUGGGGGGAGCAGAGAAAGGUUAGGGAAGUGCACAUCCUUUCCUGUUAAGGGCAUGAGCCAGAAACACGUGGUCACCUCUGAUCACACUUACAGGCGGCCAGGACUUAGUCACAAGGCCAUAAGUGGCCCCAAGGAAAGCUGAGAAAGGUAGUCUAAAGCUGUGCUGCCUCAUGCGUGGCCUCAGCUGGGGGGCCACUCAGUAAAGGAAGGAGGAGAGGAUGUAUGUGGGGACAGGGAGCAGCUCUGGCCCAGGGGGAAGGGACAAGGGGUAGUAAUGACUGGUGGAAUCUUCGGAUCCUGCUCUGCUGUUCAGAGCUCCUGGAACAACCUGUUCUUGCACCCCCUCACUGCCAACCCAGGGCUGGGGUGAAGGCUGGGAUGCCCCCUCCCGUGGCCCCCUCAGACGUUCAUCCAGUGACGCCAGAUGCAGAGGCUGCCUGGGGAGUGGUACAUGUCUGUGCGUGUGUGUGUGUGUGUAUUUAUGGGCAUGGGUGCAUGCUUGGUGUGGACUUGUAUGUCUCUGUCACUGUAUCCUUGUAAAUAUGUGCUUGUGUGGGGUGUGGGCGCAGGGCCCAGGUCUCCUCUUCCCCAGGACCCGGAGUCAUGGCCACACCUCCUGCAGCUCCUCAAAAUGACUGAGGCAGAAAGCCCUUGGAGAGCCUGGAAAACCAGGCUAAAAGGGACGUGGGGUUUGUCUGUCUGUCUUUCGGUCCAAGGAGUGAGAAUCCUCCCAACCUGAGGGCUGUGUAGCUGAAAGCUUACUACCUUCCCAGCCUGCCUUGCCCCAACCCCAACCUUCCACUGCAUCCCUUGCCAGCCUCCAGCCGGGGCUUCCUCUGGAUAUCUUACUGGAGGUUUCCUGAUGGGCCAGGAAGGAAGGUGUCUCCUUUGCCGCAGCUCUGGGGAAAUGUCCAAUGUGGGCAUGGUCUAGGGAGCUGGCCGUGGAGCAGCCUCUGGUGGGCAGGCAUGAAGCAGGCUGAGGGGGCUCUACUGCCCCCACACUCCCUCCUGUUUAGGGGUACUCCAAGGGAACUCCUCCCUUGUAGUUACAGCAGCCCUGCCCCAGCACCCCUUUGGGGCUGAGAAGUGGUGCAAGAGGUCAGAGUGUCCCCGUGGCUCUGAGUCACCCCAGGCCAGGGCCUGCCCUCCUUCCCCAACCACCUCCAAUCACCCCUGGGUGGGCAGCCCCUGGGGGCUCCAGAGUCAGGCCCGAGCCCCAACACAGGGCGUCCCUCCCUGACGGCUUCCUCCCCCCAUGCCCCUGGCACCCUCAACUGCCUCAGGGAUGCCCCCUCCCCAGGCCACAGGGCGCCCUGGCCUCCAGUUCACCAGCUUAGGGGCAGGGGGAGGAAGAAGGGAAGAGCUGACCUCUGCGCCCCGCCUCCCCUCUAAGGCCCAGGGUGGUUCAUGGUCGCUGCCAGGUGGAGGCCUGGCCGUUGAGCGGAGAGUUCAGCCAUCAGAGGGGUGAGGGCCAAGGUGUGGGACUGUUUCACACACAGUGACAUCAUACACUGGGAGGGCCAGGGGCAGCGGAGCCCUGGGCCACUCCCCCAAUGUGAAGGGAAACUGAACAGUGUGAACGCCGGCACAGUGCCGGCCCUGUGGCCAAAUUCCGAUAUCUUGGCCUGGCAACUACUGGCCCCUAUGACCUCAGACACGAGGAAGUCCAGCCCACCCACAGGUCGUGUUGGUUCCCAGGGGCAGGUGUGGGAGGAAUUUGGGGGCAAAGGUGACAGUUGAGGUAGGGAGACAGGACUUGGCCUGGGUAGAAGGCAGGGCCCUGGGAAAUGUAUAAUUUAAGGACACCAAUAAUAAUAAUACUAUUUUUUUUUGUAAGGGAAAAUCAAUAUGUACAUCCUGAAAUCAUUUUCUCUGUAAAUGGUUGGAUUUCAUUUCACCCUUAAAGGGAUGCUUAAAAGAGAAGAUAAUAUUAAUAAUAAAAACAGCUACAAAGUC